GCGCAAGGUCAAAGUUGUCCACAAAGAGUUCCAUCAAAGAUGGCGUCUCAGCGUCGGCAAAUGAUGCAAAGCCAUCAGAGCUGGACAGAUGACCUGCCCCUGUGUGAGAUGUGCGGGGUGGGCACGGCCCCCAACUGUACCUACGGACCCGACGGAAAGGACACCCAGAGCCACCCCAACGAGGACGGACACUUCAGGUUCAGGUAACUAAGACACCUGAGCCUGAUUCACACUUUAAGGCCAAACCCAGCUGUCCUGGCCUGGUUACAUAUCCACCAUAGCUACGGGAACCAUGCUGGAAAGGACCAAAUAACAAAAAACAUAUUCAAGCCAGCAUAGUUUGGCUUGGCAGUCUGAAAAUGCUACUGGAGCUAUGGAUAUGUCCCUGUAUACCAGCAUUGCCCAAACAAGGGGUUGUGACUUUUGAAAAUGUGGUUGUUAGAUACACCCCCCCCCAAUUGCUUGGUUCAUAGAACCGGGGUUACGGUAGUAACCUCUGUUAGCCACUAGAUGCGGUUGUCAGACUACACAAACCCUCAAAGAAUUUAAAAAACAAAUCCAAUUUUGAUUAACACCCAUAUCUAUGGGGUGAAAUACCACAGUGUGCCAUCACAGCAGCUGUGACCUUUUACCACAAGAAAAGGGCAACCAGUGAAGAACAAACACCAUUGUAAAUACAACCUAUAUUUAUGUUUAUUUAUUUUUUUGUACGUGUAAUGUUUAGUGAAUUUUGUGUUUAUUAUCUAUUUCACUUGCUUUGGCAAUGUA